CUGCUGAUGGGCGAAGGCGGGGUACACCCUGGACAGGUCGCCAGUCUGUCUCAGGGCCUAGUAGUAUUCCGACAUCAUCUAUUGAUUUUUAAGUUUGAGCUCAAUUCCAAAUUGAACCAGUGACAUGCCAAGAAAAAUAAGCCAACACAGCAAAAAACAUGAGAAAAGUAAAAUUGGCUGGAGGAUUCUGUCCAUCUUUGGUCAUAGAACUUUUUCCAUGAACUGCAGCCAUACAUUUUAGUGGUUCCCUAUUAAAAACUGAACUCCCCCUUUUUAACAAGAUGUGCCAUCUGUGGAGUUCAAGCAGAAUAGCCAAAUGACUAACAAUCUCCUUCAACUCUGAGGAUUCUUCAGCUUCGAAUCAAGUCAGUAGAUCCAUGACGUGGAGAUGUUUUAAGGUGUUUGCAAGUGAAUUCCUAAUUUCACGUCUAAACUGUCCUUCAAAGAUUUAUUUCACGUGAGCACUCCUAACCACCCCCUCCUCCCCUUUCACACUCUCUCAUUCAUCCCCACGAAGGAUGCUCUCCCCCUCCUCCCUCCCUCCCUCCUCCCUCACGCUAGAAUAGCUCACUUUGUGUCUGCUUUGGUUUCCCUCCUCGGUGCCUUUCCCUCGGAGUUGAGCGGCUGACAUAUCAACAGAGAGCUCCGUCUCCCUUUCGCGCCGCCGCGAAGCGGAGGAGCAGUAGCAGCAGGAGGAGGAGGAGGAGGAGGAAUCGACGCCGGAGCAGAGCGCAGCGCAGCGCAGAGCGCAGCGCCAGGUGGACGCAGCGAGCGGCGGUUUUACGCGCAGACUUUAUAGCGGGAUUGUAAACGGAACAGGUGCGCGGGAGGAUUUUUGAGGACAGCAGUUGGCGGAUGGUUGCUGGUGUCGUGGAGAGGAGUCUCUUCGAAAGUCCCAGAUGAAGAUGAAGUCUGCAGGCGUGGUGGAUGGAGGCUUGUUCACCGAAAGCUACUGUAACAUCUGCAAUGCCCAGCUCAUCUCUGAGUCCCAGCGCACCGCUCACUAUGAGAGUAAAAAACAUGCCAACAAGGUGCGCCUGUUCUACAUGCUUCAUCCUGAAGAUGGAGGACCGCCUUCAAAGAGACUCCGACCCGAUAACCCAGACUGUGCUGAGACAGAAGUAGACAGAAACAAGUGCUGUACGUUGUGUAACAUGUUCUUUACCUCCGCGAUUGUGGCGCAGUCACACUACCAGGGCAAAACCCAUGCCAAAAGAGUCCGUCUGGUGCUGGGAGAGCCGCCCAACCUAACCGCAGCCACAGCCAGCCCUACAAACACAGAUUCGUCUCCGACUACCCCGUUGCCCACAGACCCCGCUGCCUGCCCCCCUGCGCCCCCUGCUCUCCCCUGGCCCACAGCAGUAGGCAGCGGAAACGGCGGCAGAGAGGCUGGGAAGUAUUGCUGCCUUUGUGGAGCCUGGUUCAACAACCCUUUGAUGGCCCAGCAGCACUACGAGGGCAAAAAACAUCGCAGGAACGCAGCCAGAGCACGCCUCCUGGAGCAGCUAGCAGGCAGUCUGGAUGCCACAGAGAGCACAGGCCUGCGCAGUAGUUACUCAUGCAGCAUCUGCAGCGUAGUUCUAAACUCCAUCGAGCAGUACCAUGCACACCUCCAGGGCUCCAAGCACCAGAACAAGUAAGUACCUUACAGCUUAAAGCAACACCAGCAGUAAGAGCAUGGAAAGAGGGGAUGAAGACGACGAGUUUUGCUGGACUUGUUCAAAAGUGAUGCACAAAAACUUUAACGCGUGUGAGUGUGAGGUGCCUUUUCAUGGCAUCGCAAAUAUGCACACGAGUAAUUGGAGUCAUGUUUGUGAUUAAUUCGACACUCAACUGUCUAAGGACCUUUGGCUGUGUGUUGACAUGCGUCUCCUAUGUGAACAACAAUCCUAACAUUGAUCUGAUGUCAGUGAGUUGCCCACAGUGGUAAUGAGUUUUCCAAUGAUAGUCAUAGAGCUGAAGUCAUAAAAAAGCUCUGCAACUAGCCGUCCUCCAAGUGCUCUGGCGGUGAUCUAAGUCUGGACUGCAGUUUACGCACACGGCUCACUUUCAGACCACUUGAGAUCUUCUCAGGCCAAGGGUUUAAACUCCACGGACAAGAAAACCCCAGAUGACCUCAACCACUACUGACUGUGUGAGUUUGUUUGACUCCUUUCUGGAUUGACAGACCCUGUCACAUAUUCCACACGUUCAAAACCUGGAGGUUAAAGAUAGACUUCUGCUCAAGAGGAUCCGAGUAAUUCUGUGAAUCCUCUUCUAUUAAAAACAUUCCCACAGCUCCAAAUACCGAUGUCAGAGGCGAUGGAGGAGGCAAAAAACUCUCCAAGGAGGACAUGUAGAUAAUAUUUCAUUAUUUCUAAGGACAGAAGAACACCGUACUUCCCUUUUGAUCCAUGUAGCAGCCAAUGUACCAUACAACUGCUAUGUAACUCAGUGCAUGUAAACGUUGCAUUCACUUGCCUUUUUGAAGCCUGUUUGUUGUGCGUUUUGGCUGUAACGCUGCUUUACAGUGACAGCUUCAUCAUGGAUUACAGCACAAGCUUGUAACUGAGUGAGCAGCUCUUGAGCUGGCGUAUACAUGAUUAAAAAAGGGAAAACAUUUUUGAUACUUAGUUAUUAGAGUUGUUACUUUAGUAUGACACCUUUAUUGUUACUGUCUUCAAAGUAUCUGUAAAGUCAAAGGUUUUUCUGGAGUAAAAGUUACAACUCCUCCGAUGUUGAUUCUUAAUCAGCGGGCGGUUCCAACAGCUUUCAGAGCAGGAGGAGGCUCUGAGGACGCUUCCACACAAGGAUGUCUACCUUUUCUUGGUUCGAGCUUUAGAAGAAUUACACCACAACCCUAAAUCAUUGGUUAAGUUCUGCUAGAUUAGCAUUCUUAAAACGCACCAGGGUUCACUUGCAAGCAAACCGAAACUCUCAUUUUUUAAGUGUAACAUAAUUCACACCUCCUGAACUAAAGACCAUCCAAAUGAUACAAACUCAGAUGGACACUUUCAUUUGUUGUUCCUCCCAUCCUAUUUUCUCACAUGGCAGAAACCAUUGAGAUGCAGCUGUAGCAUUGUUUACAACUACACAAGGACGGUUGAGACCAUUGACUGUAUGUCCCUUGUGCUAUCCUAGAUAUGUUGACAUUGGGAGUUGGGUCAUAUAGAAACCACUUGACAGUGCACUGAACUUUUCUUUUUCAUUGAUGUUCACUGGUGUCCAUAGCAGACAUGAAAUCCUGUCCACCUUCGUCCACGUUUAUCAAGGGAGGGAUAGCAGGGUGGGGUCAUCUGGACCCCAUAAAGAGAGAACAAGGGAUAUGAGAGCUGGACCCAUAGAAAAUGGCCUCCUUCUGGCUCCAACGAAAUUAAGUCAAUAUAGUCGCCAUUUUUUGCGAUAUGGACGCGGCCGUGUUGGAGCCAGAUGACAGUAGGCAGUGAUUGGUUAGAGUAGGUCGAGUCAGCAUUUCUAUGGCAACCACUCUAGUCAGUCAGGAGUGAGCUUGUUGGAAGGCCACGCCCUUAUCACUUUAAAAUGGGCUCAGGAAAAUCUGGAAAUCAAACAUUGUAAAUGUUGGACGUGGGGUCCACUACAUACUUUUAUUGAGGCAUCUGAUUGGCCAGUUUCUAACUUGAAUAAUUUUCUAUGAAGAAAAAAUAUGACAAAGAAAACUCGAGAGCAGGAAUGGUUAUUCUGACAAAUAUCACGACUAGCUGU